CUGGUUUCGCCCCGAGGGCAGUUUGCCUCCAGUUAUCCAGUCGGUUAGUGACAGCCAAGCUCGUGUGUACUUUUAACUGCAUCUGUACGUCUGUGUGCCGGUCAUGCGUUCUGUGUGAAUACUCGGGUUACGCGUGUUUUAUCACUGGAUUCUCGAUUUUGGAUUGUGUGUGUUGUGUGCGGUGAUCUAGUUACCCGUUACUUCUUAUCUAUGUGAAGCGCCAUGGCCCUCACCCAACAGCAGCGGGUUGUCGCCGUCAUCUGCUUGCUGUUCGCGGUUCUCACCAACCAGGCUGCAGAAUGCUCGGGGAACUUCGAGCUGCAGAUCCUGGAGAUGGUGAACUACCGCGGCGAAACCAUGAACGGCGGCUGCUGCGGGCAGGGCGCGGGGGCGGGUCUGGGGGUGGUUUCGCGGGGCCUGGCCGCCAAAGGCCUCUGCACGGGUCGCUGCAGUACUCUGUUCCGCGUCUGCCUCAAAGAGUACCAGAGCAAUGUCACGUCGACCGGGUCGUGUUCAUUCGGCAACACUAGCAGUCCCGUGUUGGGAGGCAACUCCUUCACGCUCACCGACCCCGACAGCAACAACGGCAAGCUCGUUCUGCCCUUCUCCUUCCGAUGGACGAGAUCAUUCACCUUGAUUUUACAAGCCUUGGAUUUUGUGAAUACGUCCACUUCAGAGAGCAACGUGCUGAUAGAGGAGGCGUCCUACUCUGGCAUCAUCCUGCCGUCGGCUGAGUGGCACACGCUCAACCACGAGGGUGGAGUGGCGCGCAUCACUUAUCGCGUGCGCGUGCAGUGCGCGGCAAACUACUACAACGCCACUUGCCAGACGUUCUGUCGGCCGCGCGACGACAACUUCGGCCAUUACAAGUGCAGUCCUAACGGCGACAAGGAGUGCAUUCACGGCUGGAAGGGUGACAACUGUCAGACACCAAUUUGUCGAGCAGGUUGUCAUCCGGAGCAUGGGCAUUGCAGUCAACCUGGCGAAUGCGAGUGUAGACGAGGUUGGCGAGGAAAGCUGUGUGACGAAUGUGAGCCAUACCCUGGCUGCAAACAUGGCUACUGUAAAGAAAUACCGUGGCAGUGCAUCUGUGAGACGAAUUGGGGUGGCAUACUCUGUGAUCAAGAUUUGAACUACUGUGGCACAAACGAGCCAUGCCAGAACGGAGGAACCUGUGAGAACACAGCUCCUGACAGUUUUCUGUGCAACUGCCCGGAAGGCUUCUCGGGCCUCAACUGCGAGAUAGUGGACAACCCGUGUGUGACGGGGCCGUGUGCCAAUGGCGGCGCUUGUCUCGAGACUGCCGGGCAGUUCCACUGUGUCUGUGCCGCCGGCUGGACGGGGUCCACCUGCAGAAUAAAUAUAGAUGAGUGUCAAUCAUCUCCAUGUCAGAACGGAGGCACUUGCAUAGACCUGGUCAAUGGUUACAGUUGCUCUUGUUCAUCAGCGUGGGAAGGACCCAACUGCCAAUUUGAUGCAAAUGAGUGCCUGAACAGUCCGUGCAUCAAUGCCGACUCCUGUCAGAAUGUGGUGGGAGACUACAUAUGCAAAUGCCAGAAGGGAUGGACGGGCAAGAACUGUGACAUCAACAUCAACGACUGUCACGGCCAAUGCCAGCAUGGAGCCACAUGCAUCGACCUCGUCAACGACUACCAUUGCGCUUGUCAGCCCGGAUACACUGGACGAGAUUGCCACACAGAUAUCAAUGACUGUGAGAGUGGACCCUGCUUGAAUGGCGGAGAAUGCGUGGACCAGGUGAAUGGAUUCAGGUGCAUUUGUCCAGUAGGCUUUGUGGGCACUCUGUGCGAGGUUGACCACGAUCACUGCAACCCAAACCCAUGUGAGAAUGAGGCCCCAUGCUUUAACACCCAAGCAGACUAUUACUGCCAUUGUCCCAAAGAUUGGCAGGGCAAGAACUGCAGUAUGCCUCGAAUUCAUUGCAAUAAUCCUCCUUGUGAUUGGGUGGAAACAACGUGCUCCUUCCCAACUAGUUCCAACAUGUCUCAGCAGAUAUUCGCGACUGGAGCCUGCGGAGAGCAUGGCCGCUGUUACGCCACUCAGCUCGGAAGCUAUCAAUGUGUUUGUGACCCGGGCUACACCGGAAAAUACUGCCAUGAAAAUAUCAACGACUGCAAACUAAAUCCAUGUCAAAAUGGAGGAACCUGUGUCGACAAAGUUAAUUCUUUUCAAUGUAUUUGCCGAGAAGGCUGGGAAGGUGAAACAUGCACGAUAAAUAAGAACGAGUGCGAGCCGAAUCCUUGCCAGAACAACGGCACAUGCAUAGAUGGCGAUGCGGACUUCAGCUGCGAGUGUCGGGGUGGGUGGAAGGGGAAGACGUGCAGUUUGAGGCACAGUCACUGCGACCAUGGCACUUGCCAGAAUGGAGGAUCAUGCCAGGAUCUGGGCCAUUCCUACCUUUGCCGUUGUCCCUUCGAAUGGGAAGGAACAACUUGCCAUAUAGCGAAAACGCAAGCGUGCAGACUGAGGCCUUGUCAGAAUGGAGCGACUUGCAUCAACACUGGUGACACAUACACUUGCAUCUGCAAAGAGGGAUUCGAGGGAGCAAACUGUCAGCAUGACAUCAAUGACUGCAACCCGUUGCCUUGCUUCAACGGCGGCAAAUGCGUUGAUGGUGUCAACUGGUUUCGAUGCGAAUGUGCUGUUGGCUUUGCUGGUCCAGAUUGUAGGAUAAACAUCAACGAAUGUGCUUCAAACCCUUGUGGAUCUGGUGCCACGUGUAUUGAUGGCAUAGCUUCUUACUCUUGUAUCUGUCCUCCAGGGUUGAAAGGAGUUCAAUGUCAACAAGUUGAUGAGGUAUCGAUAAGACAAGGGGUAUGCUUAUGGCAAGGCCAGUACUUUGCCAGUGGCUCCAAAUGGUCCUUUGAUUGCAAUACCUGCUCCUGUUAUGAAGGCGAAGUACGAUGUACGAAAAUAUGGUGCGGUCUAGGGAAUUGCCUUGGACAAGUCACACCUACAGCAAUAUGCCAAGACAAUCAGGUGUGUGUGCCGAUGGGCCGCGAAUGGUGCGUGACGGGUGGCUGCGUGGCGUGGGGCGAGUGCCGCAACAUCCUCAGCGGCAAGCUGGUGGGACCGCCGCAACUGCCGGCGCCCGCAACAUGUUGGCCCAACAUGAUAGUGCUGAGUGGCGCAUGCGCCCGCCUCACACUGCUGCUCGACCGCAGCAAACUGCAGCCGCGAACCGGCAUCAGUGUGGAGAGCUUCUGUGCCGACAUGCGUCUCAUGCUGGCCGCACAUCACGCCGCAAACCACAUGUCAUCGCGGCCAGACAGCCAUAUUGUGCUGCUCUGCGAUCUCAAGGCGGGUGCUAACGACACCAUCGAAGUCGCUAUUUCUGACUCGAAUAAUAACGAAGAUGCCGUGAAAGAAGCAGUUCGAGUUAUCGGCGAGCAAAUAAGCAGGAAGCAAGUGGGAAUCACGUCUUCAGCUGCACUCAUGGCUGUGGUUGAAGUGAAGGUUGAAACAGCAUUAGUUAGCCAGCAGAGACAAGGUGGAAGUUACAUGCAGGGCUCGUUCCUAAUAAUGGCGGUGAUACUGAUGCUAUGCGGCAUAGCGGCCACCGCCUACUGGGUGCGCGUGCAGCGAUCGCCCGACAACCUGGGUCUGACGGGCGUCGUCGACCGACAUCACGACGACGAAAAGUCCAACAACCUGCAGAACGAGGAGAAUUUGCGUCGCUACGCCAAUCCGCUCAAGGACACUGAGUCGGUUUCGAGUGCGCAUGCGCAGCCUGUGCUCGCGUCAAGUGCUAGCCUCGGCGACCUGACGCCACGCAUCAGUGUGGUGCGGCCUCUGUCCAGCGCAUCCAGCGCCGAGAUGCUAGAGAUGAUCUGUGAGGGUGGUGGGGGUCCGACCUCCAGUCAGCUGCUCCUCCUCAAGACACAGAACACAGACAUCAAGAAGAACACUGUGUGUGAGGCGAGCUCCAGCAGUAAAGACUUCUCUUGUAAGAGGAUAAAUGUGAAGGUCUUGCCACCUGUGCAGAGGACGUUACCUCCUGUCAAUGACAAUAGUUCUGACGUGUUGACUGUUUUAGUGUAGGCUUUUUAAGAGCGUGACACUGUUGUAAAAAUAAUUAUAAUUAGUUGUAAAUUUAUAAGACUUAGUCCUAGUUGCACAGAAACCUGUUAAAUUUUAAUAAUGAUUAAUUCCACAAGAACCAAUCAGAGAUGUUUUUUUUUUUAAAAAACUUCUCUGAUUAGUUCUUGUAGCAUUUUAUCGGGAUUAGAAGUUGUCAGACCUGUUAAUCAUGAUUAAAUUCCUCAAGAACGAAUCAGAGAAGCCUUCUUCUCAUAAAAACCCUUCUCUGACUGGUUCUUGUGGCCAUUUAACAGACUUCUGUGCAACCUAGUGUAAUUUUUGUGUAAUUUAUGUAAGUUUUCUGUAAUGCCUUGGUUACACAUUGCCAGCUGACGGGCGGGUAGAAAAGAUCGUAAAGGCGAGCGAACGCACUCAGCAGCAGACAGAGUAAAACCACGUCUGCAUGUAGACGUGAGCAGACAUAUGUAGACAGACGUACGUCUCCAUUCGAACACCUAAGAAGGGAUAUUGCCUCUGUCUGUCUGCAUACUGUCUGCUGUUGUAUGCGUUCGCCUUAAAGGGGAUUCCUACCCAUCAGUAACAGAGUCCAAGUCUGGUUCAGUGAAAAUAUUAUUCCCAUGAGUUGGGGACCUAAUGGGACCAUUUAUACUCGCUCGGCUGGUCUGAGUGGGAAUAAUCCCAAUAGAACUCAUGAGAAGAACUUUUUCUCUAACCAGGACACGGACUCUGAUAUUGAUAAUAUGUGCGAAUCCAGCUCAACUAUACCCCAGCUAUAGAUGGUUCAUAGUCACGAGAAAACGGUUGGCUGCCCUUUUACUGCUCUAAUUUGAACAUUUUUCUGGUGAAUAAACCAUUUUUACUCGCACCGUGUAAUCGGAAUAGCUGAAUUAUUGUCACGCGAAUCUCUCAAACCAUUAUUACCUUUUCCUACAGAUGCAGUAACUAAUUUUUGUCCAGUAAAUUGGAUUAGUAAAUUAGUAAUUGAUUUUUUUCACAUUGAAUGACAGGGAGAGGCUAGUCCAGUUACCGUCUGGUGAGAGAAAUGGCCAGUUACUGCCCACUCGUCAGCUAUUCACACUGUAUAACCAAGGCUCAACUAUACUAGUGAGAACUGCUGCAAUCCUUUUCAAACAUUAUAGAAUAAUGAUUAAGAUAGAAUAAUAUCAGUGAUAUAAUCAAUGGACAAUAAUGAAUCACAAUCACGAAUCAUUUUAAACAGAACUUUGAAAAUGUUUGCUGUCUGUUAAGGACUGCAUUUAAGACUUUAUUUAUUGACGAUUCUUAGCCAAGCAUGGUUUGUUUGUCUAGCAAAAUCCAAUCAGAACUAUAUUAUAUUAGUUUUAUGCUAGGCAUCUAAACCGUGCUGGGCUAAGAACGUUUUCGAGAUUAUUAUGAAUAAAGCACUAUUUUUAAAUGGGAAGGCCAUUUUUAAGUCAAUAAAGAUUCUUAUCACUUAUAUAUCUUAUGUAAUUCUAUUGAAUUUAAAAAGUCCAAUAUCAGAAUGAAUUUUCAAUACGGUUUGAACAAUGUCUAUUAAAUAGACCUUUUUUUAUAGACCGUUUUUAUAAACCAUGGAUUUGAAUAAUUUUCAAUCGAUUUAGAAUAAUUUUUCCUUUGAUUUGGGCAUUUCAUGUUCAAAUAUUUGAACUAUUAUAAUAUAAUAUACUGGUAUGUUAAAAAUGUACUGUAUCUCAACUUGAAAAAAUCUUCCAAUGCAAUAUGAAUAAAGAGCAUUGAAUGAACUAUCAAUUUUUUUAUCUGAUAAAAAGCAUUUGCUCUGUUGAGGAGCAUUUUUAAUCGAUCUACUAACUGUGAUCCUGCUAAGGCAGAAUUCUCCUUUGUUUGUCAUAAUGAAGGUGAUUUAGUGGUGAAGAAAAUGACAAAUUUAUCACAUUCAUUCUUUCAUUGAAAAGUUAGAGAACUAGUUUCGGUUGUUACACCAUUGAUGGUGUAAUAUCUUUGAUAAAACAACUUAGAUUUCAAAAGAGAUACAUAAUGUUGUAACAAUCAAAACGAUUUUUUAAAAUAUUUUUGAUGAGUAAGUAGUUAAAACAACUUCAAUUAUUUUCAUUCAAUAAGGAUUUUCCGUCAUUCUACUGGUAAAUUUUAAUGCCCAGGCUAUCUGCAAUUUUUGUUUACAGGCAAUGAAUUAUAUUGUAAGAAAAAUCGUAUGAUUCACUCAAGUGUGUAUUUUAAUCAAAACUACUUAGUUAUUAUGAAAAAUGUAAAUAAUAUAGAUUUAUUUAAUUUAGUUGUACUCUACUAUCAUAUAGUGGAUUACAGAGUGAAUUAUUACCAUACUUGCCUUGCAUUCUGUUCCAACGUUGGAGUUUUAUAAAAAAUGGACAAAGAUUCAUGUCGAUUGUCAUUCUUGAGUUACAUCAAUACAUUAUUAAUGGAAUCAAUGUGAAUAGAUGAUUCUUCAUCAUUUUUUUUCAGAAUAAAGCUAUAAGGUAGGCCUUCUGUUUUCUUUUUGUCUUUUGACAACAUGGUUAAUUUUAAUUUGUGAUCUAAGUUUAGUUCAGUUAAUUUAUGUUGAAAGUGUUAAACUUUUUAUGUUUUAAUUGUAAAGUGUAUUUAAACAAAUUGAGUAUUAAACAUGUAAAUAUAGUUUAAAUAUUUUUGUUCAUAAUAAUAGAACUAUAUUAUUAGGAAAAUAAAUUGGUUUUGACCUGUCUGUAAUUAGAUAAAUGUAUGUAUGUAAAUUUGAAGGAAACUAUGAUAUUAUUGUAAAUUAUAGAGAUAUAAGAUAUGAUAUUGAUAAAUUAUUAUUCUUUGUUCUAUAGAAAAUGUUGCUUUUUCAUUAAGUGUUCUAAUUAUGUACUUAAUUCCUUUUGCUUGUGGUGAACCAAACUUCUAGUAGUGAACCACCUCAUUCAGCUAUACAGGCAUAAUUGAUUAUAUUGUAACAUAUAAUGUGAAAUAUGCUAGGUAUCGUUAUGCCAGUAUUGAACAGAAUAAAACUGCCCAUGAUGUACCGUAUUUUGAGUUUGUGAUAAUGCUUCGACUCAGUUCGAUUUAUUUUUCCCCAGUUAUUGAAUUUUUAUUUUUUAAUAAGCAAAAAUUUAUUAAAACUGUUCAGACCUAUAAAUACAUCCCUAUCAAAAUAUAUUCAGUAAAUUCAUUUAUUCAACUGCCUGUUACUAGAUAAUCGUAAUUAUUACACAACACGAUAAUUUCCAAAUUUCACACUGGAACUUUAACAACUUGUGAUAAGUGUUUACUUCCGCUUUUCUACUUUUUUGGUAUUUAUAAAGAUAAACUCAAAUAUAGCUCCCUUACAAGCACUUGUUUCCUGGUAAAUUAUUGUGUAAAGAUGUUCUCAGUGAUGUUGAACUCCAGUGCAAUUUUAUUGUUCAAUAUGAAAGUCAAGUAAUUAGAUAUUCAAUAUGCGUAAGACACAUGUAAUAUGUCCUCCAAUGGAAAAUAGGACUAAUUUAUAUGCUGAUUAUUGUGAUGUAAAAUUAUUAGAGAUCUCUAAAACUAUAUUAUUUGCAAAACUGUUCAUUAAGUAUUUUUGCCAGUGUAGAAAUAAAUUUGAUACUUUUUAAUAA